AUGACUACACUAGCCAACAGUUGUGGCCAUGUACACUUCUUUGUAGGUCCAAAAUCUUAUGAGGAGCCAAGGGAAAGGGGCCCCAAUUUGGGAAAAGGCCUAGAAAGGAUCACUCGACGUCGGCAGGGUAAACUGCCGCUUGUCAUUCCAGAAGGAAAAUUAAGGCCGGAGUCACCUCUUCUUGCUGCAAAGUUUGCAACUGAAUGCAAUAUCAUAGUCAGACACCAUUUGCCUGUGUUUAAGCGAUGGAAGGAUUACAAGGACGAACAUGGAAAUGUGCGAGAUGGGAUCUUCAGGAACUUUAUAGGCAAAGUUGGUAACCAGUUUCAGAUGGAUGUAGCUGAUAUGUCAGUUAGGAAGGCUUGUAUAGAAAUGUUGAAAAUCGCGACUCGCCAACAACGACACAAGCUCAAAAAAGAAUUUUUUGAUCCUCACCCACUCCAUCUGGUGACAAGAACUUCUCUUGUCCCCUCAAUGACUGAUGAGCAGUGGAAUGAGCUGGUGGAAAGCUGGAAGGAUCCCAAAAAGAUGGGUUUAUCUGAAAUUAACAAAAAUAAUCGAGCUCAAGUUAAGUUUCACCACACUACUGGGGCACGUAGCUACGGAGUGCACUGUAAUAAUCUUGGAGACAAAUACAAAGAUAAAGAACCUGAUGACCUGGAUUUGUUCAAGGAGUUCCACUAUAGCAAGAAAAAGAAAUGCUACAGUGAUGUUGUGCAAGCUGCAAUUACUGAGAUGGAAAACAAGACCUCUCAACCUACAGAAGAUGAUCCUCAAUCUAAGUCUGCAACUGAGGUUGUAGCUGAAGUGCUUGCUAAGCACACUAAGAAGCCAAGGUUUCUUCAACAUGUGGAGAUCCACGACAUCCAUGCGAGAUCCAGUGCUAGCAAUUGUGAAGGGGAAUUGGCUGCGGAGAAUAGGAAUCUUGAACUUCAGGAACAUGUUGACACCUUGACCAAGUUGCUGAAGGAAUCCGAAGAAGCAAGGAUUAGGCAAGCCGAGGACAACAUGAAGAGAAAUGAGGAGAACAGGAAGAAGCAAGCUGAGAUGGACAAAAAACUAGACUUUUUGCUAAGUCACAUGCAACCAAGAUCAGCUCAAGAGUAAGUUGCUUAGUCCAAACAAAAAAAUGGUGGAAGCAAUGUGAAUGUGAUAUAUUGCUGGAACCUACCUUCAAACUUUAUUUUGUGAGGCUUUUGUUGUGCAAACUGCACACUAGCGGAUGCAAACUUGCUGCAUUCUGCUGCUCCAGGGUUAGUGGAU